AAAAAAAUACACAGACAAAUUGAACAUGCGUAUGUGCGGCGAGCGUGCAAAGGGCGAUACGAUUUCACGAUAAAUAAAAAAUGAGAGAAUCUUGUCUGACCGAUGCUUUGGUAUAUAUAGAACGAUGAACGAGACAUGAGUGUUCCGAAGCGUGUUUUUGAGAGCUUGUUCUCCACUUAAUCUUGCAAACGAUAACGAUCACACUCGAGCAAUCGAGAAUGCUUCUUUUUGUUGUGUGUCAAACAAGUGAAUUGAAACCGAAAGCAUUUUAUAUUGUGCGAGUCGCGUUCAGUUUAUUGUUGACAUUCGUCGCGCUUGGUUCACACCUUAUAAGUGUCGCGAUUAUCACGCAAAAUUCUAAUCGAUUGAGAAACUGUUAUCUUGAAUGCAAGGUGAACGAUGUUUCUGUUUUUGGGUGUAUUACUGGCAACAAUCAUUGCAUAUAUUUUACGAUUCCACUAUGAAAUAUUUCAUGCAUUUUAUGUAUCAUUGAAAAUUGAUGGUCCAUCUGGCUGGCCAAUAAUUGGGAACGGACUACUAUUUUUAAAUAAUUCAUCAGCAGAGAACUUCACCGUUAUCAUAAAUUUGAUAAAACAAUACGGUGUUUUUUUUCGAGUAUGGCUCGGCCCAGAAUUGAAUAUCAUUAUCUCUGACCCAAAAGAUGUUGAGAUUCUAUUAAGUAGUCCUCGCUAUAUUGACAAGUCGACUGAGUAUAAGUUUGUAAAACCGUGGCUGAACGAAGGAUUACUACUUAGCGGAGGCAAAAAAUGGCACGAUCGCAGAAAAGUGAUAACGCCGGCUUUCCAUUUCAACAUUUUGGAUAAAUUCGUUGAAGUUUUCGAUCGUUUGGGAAACACAGUUGUGGAUAAAUUGAAAACAUACGAUGUUGCCGACGAUGUGGAAUUUUAUCCUAUCGCUGUAUUGUAUGCAUUAGAUGUGAUGUGUGAAACGGCAAUGGGUGUUAGCAUCGACGCUCUUUCACAACCGAAUUCGGAAUAUGUUAAGGCAGUCAAAGAAAUUGCUCAUGUGCUGCACACUCGCAUGCUUGAUUUUAUACUUCGAUAUCCGUUAUUCUAUCAACAUUCAAGCUUGGCCAAACAACAGGCAGCCGCAUUGCGUAUCCUGCAUGGAUUUACUGAUGAUGUAAUACGAAAACGACGACAGGAAUUGUUAACGAAAAAAAUCAACAACAAUGCAAACAGUAGUAGCAGCAGCCAGGAGGAAGAGGAGAAUGAAGCCAUCGGCAUUCGAAAGAAACGCGCUUUUUUGGAUCUACUAUUGAAUGCAACCAUUGAAGGCAAACCGCUUACCGAUCUUGAGAUCCGUGAAGAAGUUGAUACGUUCAUGUUUGAGGGUCAUGACACAACCACAUCAGGAAUAACAUUCUGUUUGUACAAUAUCGCAAAGAAUCCAGAAGUGCAGAAGAAAUGUUUCAGAGAAAUUGUUGACGUAUUUGGAACGAACACCAAAGAACCCACA